UAUUUUUCUUAGGAAAUGCAUUUCGAAAAGAGGACAUUUUAAAGCUAAAGGAUGCUGUUAAAAAGUCCGUUUUUGUAUCAAUAGCCUUUUCUGGUGACAACAAACUUAUAUUAGCAGGCGCCCAAACGACAACAAAGCAAACAGAGUUUCAGAUUUGGGAUUGUGCGUCUGGAAUGCACUUGAAGACAAUUGACGAAGGCAAGCUAGAUGUCAGACAUUUUGCAUUUCAUUGUUGUCUCCCGCUAUUCGGAUCAAUAUCCAACAAUUCUGUGCUAAUUUGGGGGCCAAAGACAGCCUUUCAAGUUGAAACAGAAAGAGCUUGCUUGCCUACACUUUCAAAUGCUCCAGAGAAAAGCAGAGUGUCUUCCGAUGAAAACCAUUCCACCGAGCACAACACGCAAGAGUCUUCUGUGAAACAUGAAAAGGAGAUCAAUGAAAAUUUUUCGAUAAGAUCUCUUUCAAAGUCACAUCCAGCUGCCUAUGCUAUGGCGAAAUUUUUAGAUGGAUGGCCAAAGAAAAAGAGAUUGGCAUUCUCUACGGCUGGAUUUUAUUUAUUAGACGAAAAUAUCAUUUACGAAGAAAGAGAAGAUGAAUUUGACGAGCCAAUCCAAGCAAGCACGGGUUUCGUCCAAGAAUCUGCCCCGAGUCAUUUGGACGAGAAUUUGAAAACAUAUUUGGGUCUGAACGCAAAAAGCUGGCCGGAUAUUAAAAGAGAAUUUCAGAUUGUAAACAUGCCUAUUGAAGGAAAUACGGUAUUCUCGAUGGCCCAAAUGUCGCAAAUUAAGCUUCAGGGAUACCUCUCAAGCGAUCAUGUUGAAAUUGAGGGUGAAAAAUAA